AAUUGGUUUGAGACAGUUGACAGGAACAAGAGUGGUCAGAUUGACGCACAGGAGUUACAAAUGGCUUUGGUUAAUGGUGACUAUUCAAACUUUGACUUAGACACUACAAAGAUGCUUAUUGGAAUUUUCGACGUUGAUAAGACCGGUACAAUCUCAAUUGAAGAAUUCGCAGGUGUAUUCAAGUAUAUCAACGACUGGCGCAACGUUUUCCAACACUUCGACGCAGACAGAUCAGGCUCAAUUGAGGGCCACGAGUUAGCAAAUGCUUUGGCUCAAUUUGGAUACAGACUUUCACCAUUCACCCUCCGUGUACUUGAAGACAAAUAUGGCGAAGGUGGUCGCUACGGUGGUGUCGGUGUUCAAGGGAUUUCAUUUGACCGCUUCAUUCGCGUAUGUGUAGCUGUAAAAACUCUCUCAGAGAACUUCCAAAGACUCGAUGUACACAAGAGUGGCUACGUCAAUAUGGACUACGAGUUAUUCCUGCAAUCGUACGACUUUUUUUCUUCUUAA